GAUACAGAGACAAGCGAGCGAAGAAGUCUCGGGGUCCUGUUUCACGCGUUUCUGGGAUACUGGCGGACUGACUGCGCUCUGAAUGUCAUGGCGACCAACAGCGAGCAACUUUCUCGAGGUUUCGUAACUGAUAAAAACCAAGAAGUCCACAACACGAAGUGAAAACUGAGGGUUAACGCAUUUCGUGUCCGAUUUACAGAACAAAGACUACAGAAAUAAUAAAAACUAAGACUGGGAUUCAGUUAAAUCAGUUUUUGAAAUGGAGUGUGCCGUAAACACCGGUCCUGAUGAUGAGCCAUCUGAUACAGCAGUUUCGUAUGAAGCCAUUACUGUAAAGGAUGGGAGUGAGACCCCAAAAAAGAAAAACAAGAAACAUAAGAAACACAAAAGUAAGAAGAAACGUAAGAAGCGCAAGGGUGAAAAGGAGAGUAGCUCUGAAUCUGGAGUAGAGUCAGAUGGCGAUUCCCAAACUAGAACGAGUGUGAAAAAAGAUGGCUCCUCUAACCCUGAGGCUGAUGAUCAUGCUAAUGCCACAAAAAACUGCACAGAAGACCUCAGUGAUGUGGAAGCUGAUGCCAAGGUUAAAAAGCAGAAACACCGCGUUGGGAAAAAGAAGAAAAAAAGAAGACGGAAAGAGGAGGAAAAGCAAGAGGUCUUAAAGAAGUCCUCAUCUCGCUCUAGAUCGGCAAGUACUUCAGCAUCAGGGUCAGAAUCAGAACCAGAUUCCAAACAAUCACAAAAAUUGCAGGUGGCAACUUUAAAGUUAGACAGGAAGUCACCUAUCACUGCAGCUAAAUUUCCAAAAGAUAAAUGUAAAGAUAGCAAUCAACUGGAAGAUCUAAAGAGAGAAAUGACUUCUGAUCACACUGAAGAAGAGCGAAGUUUAAAAUUAGAAGGCAUAAGAAAGAUGUCUCCUGAGACGGUACAUGCACUAGUUACAGAGAGGGAUGUAAAAGUGGAAGCUGUUGGUGAACCUGAAAGUUUUAGUAAAGUGCAAGAACUUCCCGAUAUUAUUCCUAAGCAAGAGAAUGUGCACAAAGAGCAAGCUGUGCAGAAGGACAUCUCAAAGGAAGCAAAUGGGAAUCAGAAAGAAAAGAAAAAGCAGUCCCUUUCAAGGUCAAGGUCACGAUCACUUUCGAACACUAAAGGGAAAAAAUCUAAACGCAGUCGCUCUAGAACUCCAAAGCAGUCAUCUGGUAAAUCAGGACGUCGUAAUGACAAGUCAUCUUCAAGAGACAGGUCUGUGUCUGCCUCUGGUGGGAAGGAUCGUACAAAACGAAGAAGCUCAAGGUCUCCAUCAAAACAGUCACAGUCUAAAGUAACAAAGAAAACUGGACGCAGGUCAAGGUCACUCUCUGGAAGAAGAGCAUAUCGCUCUGAUUCAAGGUCCCGCACAAGGACCAAAAGAUCGAGGACUAGAUCUCCACGACGUGGUCAUCGUUCUAGAUCUAGGUCAACUGGAAGACCAAGACGUUCACGCUCAAGAUCAAAACAAUCUGUUUCUCGGCGUAAGAAUCGUCGCUCAAGAUCACGGUCCAGAUCUGUACGCAGAGGAAGACACUCAAGGUCCCGCUCUCGAAAGAGGACGCCCGUUUCUCGGGCAAGGAGGUCUAGGUCUAGAUCUGUCAGAAGAGCAAGGCGAACACGCUCAAGAUCUGUUGUGAUUCUUAGGCGAUCUAGGUCACGCUUAAGGAGAAACAGAAGAUCUAGAUCUAGAUCCGCUCGUAAAAAAUCAGGUUCAAGAAGCCCAAGACGUCGAAGUAAAUCUCGGUCCCCUCAGCGCUCCAGGCCCUCUGAGUCACGUUCUCCUGCAGCCCGUCAAAGGAAGUCAAAAUCUAAGAGCCCUCAUAGCACAAAGUCAGAGUCAGUAUCUCCUCAAAGACGUAAAAGAUCAAAGUCACGGGCAUCUUCACAUAAUUCAAAGUCUGAAUCCCCGAAAUUAAGAAAAACUAAAAAGCAAAAAAGUAAACGGUCAAGGUCAGUUUCUCAGAGACGCACAUCAAGAUCUAUUUCCAGAGAGCGACAGUCAUCAGAUAGAAGUAUAUCCCCUUCCAAGAAAGCACAGUGUAAAUCUCCAACUAAAGAGGAGAGGUCCUUAACGGAUUCCAAAGAAACCUCAGAGAUUAAUCAGCAAAUUGUGGACGCCGUAGAGGAAAAUGUUGAAGUAAAAAAGACAGCAGAGUCAAGUCAAUGGAUACCAGUCUCUACUGAAUGUACAUCUGUGCAAAAUCCAUUAAGUGAAGACAUAACAACAACAUCAGAAUGUGACACACAAAGUAAAAAAAAUAAGGAAGAGUCUGAAAAUCCCUCUGAAUGUGAAGGAAGACCAAACCGAUCUCGAUCUUUGUCCUCAGAGCCAGUUCCUCAGUGUGGUACUGCAAGAUCAGAUGAUGAAGAAGAUCGAUCCGCGAGCUCACGAUCUCCUACACCAAGUAAAGUAAAAGAAGCAAAGUCCUCCAGCAAAACAUCACCUGUUCGAAGAAAGCGCUCCAGAUCAGUUUCGUCCACACAGAAAAGGCGAUCCAAGUCGAAAUCUGUCAGUAGCAAGAGGAGGUCUCCCGUAAGAAAACGCAAGUCCAGGUCUCCCUCUCAUAAUCGUAAAAGGAGGACAAAAUCUCGGUCACCAGUUCGGAAAAGAAGAUCAAGAUCAGCCAAUCGAAGGGCAAAAUCAAGAUCGAAAUCUCACACAAGAACAAAGCGCUCAAAAUCGAAAUCCCCCAAGCGGAAACGGUCAAAGUCUAGAUCACCAGCUCGGAAAAGGAGGUCCAAGUCACGUACCCCUGCUAGAAAAAGAAGAUCUCGUUCACGAUCAAGGGCUCGUCAGUCACGAUCCAGAAGAUCACGCUCUGUUUCACGACGAAGGAGACCAGCAUUUCGUGGCCGAUCUUUUGAUAGACGAGAUCGAUGGAAACGUGAACCAAGCCACUCACCAAUUUUAAUUCUUCGUAAGAGGAGGUCAACCUCAAGAUCUCGACGCAGUUCUAGCAAGACACCACCGCGUCUUACUGACCUAGAUAAAGAUCAACUGUUGGAGAUUGCGAAGGCUAAUGCUGCUGCAAUGUGUGCUAAAGCUGGAAUGCCCAUACCUGAAAGUCUCAAACCGAAGGCAAUUCUACAGUUACCUCUGCCAACCCCAGCUCCAGCCCCCUUGUCUUUGCCUCUGCCACUGCCUGUGCCCAAUUUACCUAUGAAUCUGCCCAUGGGGAUACCAGGUAUGCCUGCAAUGCCAAACAUGACAAUGAACGCUGCCAUGGCAAGUAUGACUGCGGCAACAAUGACUGCUGCUCUCUCAAACAUGGGUGCCCUGGCCUCUAUGCCUCCGAUGCCCCCACUUCCUACCAUUACCAACAAGCCCCCUUCAGCACCCACACCUAAUCUGGCCAGUAUUGAGGAGGUGAAGAGGAAAGUGGCUCAACAAGCUAACAGCAUUAGCAUCAAGGAGUUUACAGAGAAAUGUAAACAGAUUGCAGAGAGUAAGGAGGAGAUGAGUAUUGCACGGCCACAUGUUUCAGAUGAUGAUGAUGAUGAGACACGGUAACGCACUGUCAUUCUGCUGCAUCCAGUCCUGACGAUGGACACCUGUGGCUCGCAUUUUGAAAGGAUGAGCUCUGCCAGAGGAUUUCAUCCGUCAUGUAAAUUAAGCUUUUGUUUGCUCACAGAAGGACAUUUUGAGCAUCUGGACACUUGAAGCAACAUUGAUUUCAGUUAUCUUUAAAUAGCCAGUUGUUGAAACAGCUGCAAACUACAGGAAUCUUUUUUACCAUAGACUUAAAAACUACCAGAUUAGACCAUUCAGUAUGUCUAAAAGUGGAACAAAGGCGGUAAAGUGUAAAACAAACAUACUACCUGCCCAAAAUAACAGUGAAACAUUUCGCUUUCAGGCUUUUUUUUUUUUUUUUUUACCUUCAUUACAUAUGGUGCCUCUUGAUACCAUGAAGAAGGACCUCUGGUAGAUUUAACACAGAUUUAUAGGUGUACCUAAAAGAAGAAACAGAUUUUUUGGGUGCAGUUUAGAUCACAGAUCAGGUCUGUUGGUACACCCUUUCAGAGAUUUCUGUUAACAUACAGACAUGAUAAUUUUAGGGUUUGGUUUGUUUUCUUUUUUGUCUUUUUUAAAAUUCAUAAAGUGUUAAUCACUUGUUUAAAUACAUUAGAGAAGAAAAUAGUUUUUGUUGCUUAACACUUUUGUGAACUUUUAAAGCAGAUUAAAUGUUGAGGUUCAGAGUUGUGGCUGUACUUGACUGCUAUACUUAACAGAUGAUGUUUGCGUUGAUGUGCAUUGUAAGGGUUCUGACUGCAGAGAGAGUUACUUUGGUUAAACCUUGCUGUGCCGCUUGCCGGUAACUGACAUUGUGGUCUGACGUCAUCUUAAAAAAAAAAAAAAAAAAAAAAAAAAAAAAAAAAAAAAUGACACUCAUUGAUGGGGUUAAGGUGUUUUUCUUUUUGUUUUUUUAUUAUUUAGUCCAUCAUAUAGUGCAUCCUUGUAAACGACAGGCCAUGAUGCAGUUGUGUGGUAUACAAUGCUGUUUUAUCUAUGUGACUGAAAUAUUUGACCCAGCAUAGCUGCAGGGUAGGAUGCUGUAUUUUCAGGAGUGAGAACAUGUCAUCCAUCACUAUAAUGCAUAUGAUUUGCAUAAGAUUAUCGUUUAGACACAUGUACUGUAAGAUGUACUGUAUAUUGUGUAGGUGUGCAUUUUGUCAGUUUUUUACCUCUCCCCUCCACUGUGUCCUAUGGUGGAUACCACUUUACCGAUUUAUCUAAAAAUAAAUGUGAUGAUGGCAUAGCUCCUACUAAUUCACUUAAAAAUAUUUAACUAUUAAGGUCGACACAUAAAGAUUAAGGUUAAAGACCAUGUUCAACAUGAUGGGAUGUUCCAUGCUACAUUAGCUUUAGAUUUAGAACCGCUUUACACUUUAUUCAAUUAACAACAGAUUUUAAACUGGAAAUGUAAAGCAUUGUGAAUUACAAUAUUUAAAUUAGCUGUUAUUAUUCAUUUUAAGGGACGGUUCGUCGUUUACUCGCCGUCAUGUUGUUCCAAACCUGUACGACUGACUUUUUGCAGAACACAAAAUAAGACUUUGAAGGUUUGGAUGAACGUGAAGGUGAUUAAUUGAUGAAAAUGUUAUUUUCAGGACUACCCCUUUAAUUUGAAAACUGUCAUUACGAAAUGAGUUCGGCCAUGUUGAAGUCUCCUUAAGGAUUGUAUGAACAAGUUCUACACCUAAGGUACAAGCCCACAUUCCUUGCAUAAAAUGUGAAACAUCCUCGGUUUUGACAAAGCGUUUUUAUCCUUUCCAUCACAUUGUGAAAUAUAAUGGCACACACUUUGUAUAUAAUGCAACUUCAAUUAAAGGAAACAAUCUACAUGA